CUCACCAGUGGAUUAGUCGCAGCCCAGGGUCAUGCUGUUUUGCCUCUUUUCCCCAGCUCACCAGAGGUGAAAGAACUCUGGCUCAAGACCCUCCGAGGGUAAGUACUAUAAAUUACCACGAACAGAAAACAAACUGCCUAGCAGAUGGCAGGUCAUGAAGCUCCUGUCAAGAGAAAACAGCUGUCCGGUGGGACAAGUAUGCAACGGGGUUACAAAGCCGACAGAUUUGCUUCACUGUCAAGUCUGCUUCUCGGGGCAGGAACCCUGCAAAUGUUGUCUUUGUUUUACGUUAACCCUAACGAGCAUCCUGGAAAUAAGUUUUUUUCCUUUUUUGGAUUAAAAACCAAAUCCAUGCAAAGCGCUUACUGCAGUGCUUGACGCAUGCAUAGUGAGCACUCACAAAAAAAGUUAGUUGUGAUUGUAAUGCUAUUCAGAUUCUCUCUUGAUGGCAAUGUAAUAAACGAAUAACACAUUUUGGAAUGGUGAAUAGAUCAGGUUUAAAUAAUUUAGAAAUAAGGGUGUUCAGGUACUGUUCUUAGUAGUUUAAGACAUCUGGUAACCUGUAAGUCACUUUAAACGAGAAGUUUUCUAAUAGUUUGAAAUUUUGUGUUUUGACAAAGUGGCACGGAAACUGACCAGCUUCUUAGGUGCGUGCAUCCUAACUCUUUUCCAUACUGAUUGGUUGUAGGCAGAACCACGGUCGCAGGAGCUCAGUUCAUCACUGGACAGUCAGCCCAGCCCCUAAUGAAGGUGAUAAGUAGCUGCAAUUCUUCAAAAACACUAAAUGCCGAUAAUAUGGAGACAUUAAUCGGAUGUCAACCAGAGGGUGAUGUCAAGGAACUUCCUCUGCUGGCAUCAUGUGAGAGUGAAGAUAGUAUUUGCCAGCUAAUUGAAAUCAAGAAGAGAAAGAAGGUGUUACCCUGGCCUUUUCUCAUGAGAAGGCUUUCCUCUUCAUCAGAUUUUUCUGGGGCUUUGGAGCCAGAAAUGAAAGCAUCACUGUUUGACCAGCCCUUGUCGGCCAUCUGUGGCGAGGAUGAUACACUCCCCAGACCCAUUCAGGAUAUCCUUACUAUUCUAUGCAUGAAAGGCCCUUCAACUGAAGGAAUAUUCCGGAAAGCUGCCAAUGAGAAAGCCCGCAAAGAGCUUAAGGAAGAGCUCAACUCAGGAGGCAUGGUGGACCUGGAAAGCCGCCCCGUGCACCUACUGGCUGUGGUUUUUAAGGACUUCCUGCGGAGUAUCCCCCUGAAGCUGCUGUCCAGCGACCUGUUUGAGGAGUGGAUGGGCGCCCUAGAUAGGCAGAGUGAGGAGGACAGAAUCGACGCCCUCAAACAGGUGGCAGAUAAACUCCCCCGGCCCAAUCUCGUGCUGCUCAAGCACUUGGUCUCCGUGCUCUACCUGAUCAGCAAGAACUCCGACACCAACAAGAUGGACUCCAGCAAUCUUGCCAUCUGCAUCGGACCCAACAUGCUGACCCUAGAGAAUGACCAAAACCUGUCAUUUGAAGCCCGGAAAGACUUGAACAAUAAGGUUAAGACUCUGGUGGAAUUCCUCAUCGAUAACUGCCUUGAGGUCUUUGGGGAAAACACACCGGCGCCUUCCAGCACUGCUUCCGACGACUCCUUGGAGCACACAGACAGUUCAGACGUGUCGACCCUGCUGAAUGACUCGGCCUACGACAGCACAGACCCUGAUGUCGAUGCCCACAGUGUCAUCAGCUCCCAGAGCAGGCAGCCCCCAGGGCCCGCCACGAUGGCCGCCAGCGUGGACAACAGGGAGCCACAGUACCCGUGUGAGUCAGGCCUGAAGCCCAUUAUCAGCACUGUCGCCAGGCUGAAAGGCUCAAUCGAUCAACCAGACAGGAGGUAUUCAGAACCCAACAUGUCGUCCUCACAAGAGUACCUUGAGAACCGGAUAACGAGCCAAAAGCUUACCAAGAGUGAGGAUAACUUCACCAUGCCCCUGGUGGGCUCUAGUUUUGAAAGUGAGGACACUGGAGACCCAUUUCCAGAGGAGGUUUUCCCUGCAGUAGAAGGCAAACCCAAAAGAUCACUGGACCUGAGGGCAAAGAGCGUGACUCAGGGGCCACGGGGACUGUUACUUAAGGCCUUCUCCAGCGGCUCCCUGGAUGUCUCCUCCGACAGCUCCCCCAUUGUUUCUCCUUCCAGUCCCAAAAGAAAUUUCUUCACCAGACACCAGUCCUUCACCACAAAGACUGACAGAGGUAAGCCCAACAGAGAAAUAAAAAAGCACUCCACAUCAUUCUCCUUUGCCCCUCACAAAAGAGGGCAGACCAAAACCACCAGCUGUGGGUCUGGGAAGUACAAAGGCUUUCCCAGAGACCAAGUGAAGAAGAGUUUUAAGAAAGAAAGCCAGCUUGCUGGCCGCAUCAUCCAGGAAAGCUGGUCUGAAACCCACAGCCAAACAGCUCUGGACUUCAGCUCAAGAGCCUAUGCCUUCUCAGUUGAUGACGUGUUUCAACAAGUGGAUCAGAGAAUUCCUGGAAGCCCACCAUCUUAUGAAGAGGCUGUUCAGUGCCAGGCAUUUGAACUCGCUGCCUACAGAGGCCAAACAGUCCGAAGUAUGAGGGCAAGAAUGCUCAGUCAAGACGCCAUACGACCACCUCUCCUACCUUCUCACCAUGGAGGGGACUCAAACACAUGCAGUAAAGAGUCACCAAGUGGGCACAGACUUUCUCCUGUGACUGGGGGUUGGAAACAGAGCAGGACUGUGUGUGCUUCUGUGGAGACUAAAGAGGAAGUGACUGUACCAGGGAGAUCUGCCCUUUACCGGCUGAGAACUGUGUCUGAAUCCAUACAAAAGAACAAGCAGGACUAUUUAGUAAGGCGGUGUAGUCAGCCAGUCUUUGAGGCUGAUCAACUCCAAUAUGCUAGAGAAUCCUACAUUUAGGAAGGCGGGCCAUGAGCAUGACAGAGCUUAUGGUAUUCCUGUAAAUAUGUGACUGUAAAGAACUGCUUUUAGAUUGUUUUGAAAAAAGUCAAGAAUAAGCUCCUUCAGAAAAGUUGUGUGGAACCUUCCUCAGAGAGGAUAACCACACAACGGCACCCAGGUUGAGUCUGUGUGUGCCUGAAUUUGUGCAAUAUGUAACAAGUGUAUAAAAUGUAUUCUCCACAAUGUGUUUAUGUGGACAUAAACGUGUAUAUACUUGAGGUAAACUGCACUGCAGUUCUUUGCCUCCUGGGGCACUUUCUUUUGUUUAGUGUUUAAAAAUAACCUUUUCUUCUCUUUAUGUUGCCUCAAAUGUCACUGCCAAUUUUCACGUUUUCCACAAACUCCAUUCAGGGAAAAAUGUUUAAAUCUCUGAUAGAAGUUGACUCUACUAAGCAGCUUCCUGAUAACUAACCACCACAGUACAAGAAAGAAACAGACAGCACUGAAGUUCUCAAAGGCAUCACAAAUGCGAGUAAAAGAAAAGGCUAUAAUUAAAAUUAUGAAAAAUAAUCAAAUAUGUCUUUUAAUCCUCAAAAUUAAAUUUGGGUAGAUUAAUGAAAAUGCAUUGCAUUACUAUUAACCCAUUUAUAGCACUUUGAAUUUCUUUGUCAUUGAAUGAUGUCUUACCCAAUAGUGUGAAGGUAAACAUUAUAUAUGCAUUGGGGGUCCUGUAAAACUUCGAUGUAAUUUCACUACAAUAAAUAGCCUUCCUUGUUUGAAA